UCAUCAUCGAAAAUUGCAAAUGGCGACGUAAAGGUUCGGUUGAGUGUCUGUACCGGUGCUUUUCUAAAUGUUAUUUUGCUUUAUUUUGGUACUACGUUCUCCAGAAAACGCCGCAAGAUGAUGCAGUUUAUGCUCCUGUUCAGCCGCCAAGGCAAACUGCGGCUGCAGAAGUGGUACAUGGCACACCCGGACAAGCUGAAGAAGAAGAUCACCCGAGAGCUGGUCACGACCAUCCUUGCCAGGAAGCCAAAGAUGUGCUCUUUUCUCGAGUGGAAAGACCUGAAGGUCGUUUACAAGCGGUAUGCCAGUUUGUAUUUCUGUUGUGCUGUGGAGCAGGUGGACAAUGAGCUUCUGACUCUUGAAGUAAUUCAUCGAUACGUGGAGCUGCUUGACAAGUAUUUUGGGAGCGUAUGUGAGCUGGACAUCAUCUUUAACUUUGAGAAGGCUUACUUCAUCUUGGACGAGCUGCUUAUUGGCGGGGAGAUGCAGGAGACGAGCAAGAAGAACGUUCUCAAAGCAAUAGCGGCGCAAGAUUUACUUCAGGAGGAUGAAGCAGUUGAGAACGCCCUCAAAGAGUUUGGACUGAUCUGAUUGCGUAGGGGCGCAGCGUCUGUGGCGUUCACUUAACUGACAUUCUGUGGGCCCAUUUCUGUGCACCUGUUCCUGCGUCAUCCAACUCGCGCAUUUGCUCCGAAGCUCCUUCAACGGAACAAAGUUGUGCUUGCAUGCUCUUCUGUAGUAAAGCUGUUCCCUGAUUAUGGUGGCUCCCUGCAUUUCCUGGUCACAUUCUUUUGUUCCUCCUGCCUGGCUUCUGAUAGUCUUGGAUGAUUUUUCUUUUUUUUGCCACUUUUGCUUUUGGUGUCGCAAUGCAUGUUGUGAGCUGUUGGCAUGCCUUUUAUUGAUUCUUGUUGCUGUGCUACCUGGCUCUAGUUUUUCUUUUUGAAUGCCUGCUCUGUGUUGCUCUUUGGAGUCUUUUCAAGGUGCUACUGUGCUCUCUGUGUGGUGACUGCCUUGUUAGGUUUUGAAGCAUUAAAGAGUAGUAGACAUGGUUGAAGCUGUUCAAGUCUGGCUAAGACGUUUACUAAUUCAUACCACAAAUGAUUAUCACUGUGCGCCCUUCCUCCCGUUUUUAUUCAUUUAUAAAAAUUAUUGCGGCUGGUGCAGGCCGACUGAUGUUUGGCAGUUUUCAGGUAUUUAAGGACCUUCACUGGAGGGUCAUUUUGCAAAAAAGAAAUAGUGCAACCAACAUUAGUGAAUCUCGCUUGUAAACACAACUUAGCGACAUUGCAUCGUGAAUCGUAGCUACACUGCAUAUUUAUUAAUCAAAUUAAUGCAGUGAUCAUAAAAUUUAUCUUUGAAUUAAGUUUUUACAUAGGUUGAACUAUAGUGCUGAGAGAGCAUUUAGAAGGCUGUAGGCAAUUGUCAUUUUUAUAAAAAUAUAUAUAUUUAUAUCUUAUGCCUCAUUGAACACACAUCUCUCAUGAAGGGCCUUAAUAGCUUAUGCUGUAAGGCACUGCCAUUUUUGAAGUUUUGACCUUCUUGGAAGUAAAGCUAAUUACAUUAACAGCUGUGAAGCAAUACGUGUGUGCAGCAAUACUCUGACAUUUCAUAGUGAGCGUGCCAUUGUCUUUCUGGUUGAUAUGAGAGUAAAUUGUAGAGUGACCUGACAAAGUACGUCCAGAUUACUGAAACAAAGGAUUGCAUGUCAUUCAGCCAAUGUAAUCAAGAUCAACAAUCACUCGGUUUUUGAGAUAUCACACUGCACCUGUUCAUGAACCCAAUGAGUGGCUUGUUAUUUGUACAGUACAUCAUAGUUUUUUUCCUACCAAUUUGAGUAUGGGUUAUUAGACACCAUUUUUUAAAUACUGUCAGCUUUUUGCUGUCCUAUAAUUUUUAUGCUUUCUAUUACAUACUUUAUUCAUGACAAUACUGCUACCAACUUCUUAUGAUAUUUGCAUGGAAGCUGUGAUUACUAUGAUUUUAGCAAUGAAAAUUAAGUAUGGUUAUUAAACUCGCUUGACAUUAGGUGGCUUCUCAUCUGAUACGUAUCAUAGCAACAUUUCAGUAUAUUUGAUAUUACUUAGUGGAAAAUGAUUCUGUAGGCUCUAACUGCUUUUUAUCUUUACAUUUUUUUUUUAAACCUGUUUUUAGAACACACUGAGGAUGGCCCAAACCAUCCAAAGUUGUGGGACGUGAUCUGGGGAUAAUUCAAAUGUGCAUUUGUGUGCUAUGACGUGGCAGAUCUAUCAUCCGUGCUUUUUGAUCCUUUGCAGGAAUACAGUCACAAUUUUACAUUCUAGUAAAAUGUGCAAUUCUUUUUUUUGAUACCAUAUUUGGAAGACUUACACUAUAAAAGGUUCACCCUAACACAAGGCUGAUUCUUUUUAAACAAAUGCACAUAAGUUUGCUCCACAUAGCAUUAUGAACAGAAGCUACCAGCGGAAAAACUCAGUGAUUUAACAGAAGCUACCAGCGGAAAACCUCAGUGAUUUGUUCAUUUUUCCUUUGGUUUCAAAAGCAAUUCGUCGUAUUGAGAAGAUCAUUAUUAAUUUUACGUUUCUGCGCUAACUGCAAGAGCUUAAGGCUUUGAUUCGCCUGAGCUGUAGGUUAGCCUAGCAAUAGUAAAUUAGUUAUCAAUGUCUUUUUGUCAGAUUUGUAGUGUAGACCCUAAACAAAGCAAUAUUAAUCCCAGCAACUAAAAGUGCUAAAAACCACCAUUUCAUUUUUGUCUUCAUUAAGUGUAAUGCAAACCAUAAGGCUUAUGUACUGCAGUAAGGGAGAUUGCUACACAAUGUUAUAUGGCAUAAUUGCCGAAUUAACAUUGGAAAUAUUUCAUGGCAUCUAAGCCUAAUCGUAACAAGUCACCCUUGUAUGUAGGACUCCAGAGGUUUCUGGAAACAUUGGGCUUGUUCAUAACGUCUCAACAUAUAUAGCUACUUCAAUUUGAAGUGACUUAAUCAAGGUUUGAAGGGAUGAUUAAAUGUUGAUUUUUUACAUAAGAGAAGACUGCUUUGGCUGUGCAUGCUACAUUAAGUAUCUGUCUCCCCAUGUUAACACUUUGUUUGCUUGUAUUUUUCCUUCCACCUAAAGGAUGAAAUGCUUGAAGCUGGUGUGCAAGACUAACAUCGUGUGCCUGCAUCUCACUGCAUUUUCAAGCUUGCUCAUAACACAUAGGCUUUGUGGUUUACAAUUUCCUCUUGGUUUUGCAUCUCUACCUCGUUUCUCUUUUACUUGAAUAGGCAGUGUGUUUUGUUUAGCUGGGGAAAGCUGCAAGUCUUUCGCAGCCCCUUCAUUCUUGCAUAGGGCAUAAGAAAACUUUUUGUGUUGCCUGAAAUCGGUUUGUUUCAGAAAUGAUGUUUUGGAAUCUGUCUUCUGUGUACACAGAGCAUUUUUUCUUGGGGAUCAUUCACUUUCGAGUUAAGUUACUCCAGAUUUCUAGUGACUCAACUAUGUUUCUGGUGUCCUGUGUGACAGCUUUUUCAAUGGAAGCUGACUUUUGUUAGUGUUGGGCAUUACACUAUCCACUAGCUGCAUUGAGUGUACUUCAGGUAUGGCACCAAGUGGACAGGCAUACUCCAGGCAGAAAAUCAUGUCUCCGCUGCCAGAAUUUGUUCAGCAAUGCUGUAAACUCUUCCACUGCUGCAUGUGCAUGGUGCAACACAGUUGGUGCAAACAUGAGAUUGGCAUUUGGACAAUCACAAGUUUACCUUUGGAAAGGGCAAUGAAAACAUACAAUUGGAGAAAAAUGUGUUUUUCGAUGCCUUGAGGACGGAAUCACAACGCUUAAUUUAUUUUAGAAUUCUGCAUUGGGUGCGGGGAUCAGUUUUGAUUACGCUCAUUUAUUUCCAUUUCAGAAAAUAUUUCGGGCCCAAUUUAUAUGUCUCAUGGUUCUAACUUUCGCAUGCCAUAUUUUUAAUAGCUUGGAAGCAAAAAAUGGAAACGAGAGUCAUUUGCUUCGAUCAGUCACCUGACGAGUCCGAUCUGUCGUCACGCUUGUAUGUCACACAAAAUCCAUUUCUCCUGCAGACUCUAGGCAUCACCACUAGUGUGAGUAUUAAGUGAUUUCUGCGGCACGCAAGCAUUCGUCCAGUUUAGAACUUGGUCAGCUUUGCUUGAGAUCUGCUUGGCACUUGUUUCAUUCAUCAAAUAGAACUUCUAGAUUAUCCUCAUAGUUCCUUUAAGUUUGAUCCUCAAAUAAGCACACUUCACCACACUAGUAGUUUUGAUGGCAGAAAUUGAAUUACAGGAGAAACAAAAAAAAAACAAAAAAAACUGCCGAUUGCUUGCUCAUGUUAACAGUGUUGCUCUGUUUGCACAUUUGCAUUGACGGUGGUGUCUCAGAACACUGAUUGUAUAUGAACACACUUUUUUUUGCACUUUGUUUCGAUGUGUUAUGUGGACCGGAUGUGUUGUCCUAAGAUAUAAUAAUCUAGGACAUCAUUGUUUUGAUGCCUCAAUCAUCAAGACCAAUCACUUCAGCUUAUUUUGAACACUUGAGCUUUGUAAUUGCUGGGGUGUUCAAUGUUACUCCUUUGCACUUCCCCUCAACUUUGUUCAUAUUGUGGUAUGAUGGUUACUUUAUUCGUGAAUCCAUGUUAAGAGCAAGUAAUCCUCACUUUUUGGUCCUGCUUUCCAGGCAGGGUUUUUGAUAUAAUAUAAGCUGUACAAUCAUGUAAGGGCUAUGGGAGAUGUUUUUACUUGGGCAGGCAAGUUGGAACCAAUUGCACUGUCUGUGUAUGUCAAGCAAUGGAGGGCAUCACCCUUGCACAAUGCCAGACAUGCAGCAAGGUGUGCUCAACAUCUAGCUUUAUUUUGUUACUCUAUAUAUUCUCAGCUGUAAUAUAUAUCAAAUUAAAGGGGAGUUCUUAUCUCUUUGACAUUCUAGAUUGGGAUUGUUGCAUUUUUCUUGCUGGGGAAUUAGCAUAUAUGAAAGCUUUCAAGUGUUUCUGAGGCUUAUAAUUUUGGUAGCACAUAAAGGAUUCUGAUAAUGAUAAAUAUUUUUGCAGAAAUACAAUCAACUUGUGGGUGGCAGUGGCACUUAUGAUGUGGUAGAAUUUUCUUACUUUCAUGUCUUGUUUAAGUCCAAAUGUCUGGCAUAUCCAUUUUGCUGCCAGAGUAAUUUUUCACUUAAUUGAACCCUUGUUUCAUUUAGUUUUCUUUAUUUUCUUUUUUUUUUUGGAAAUAACGGUGUAUGUGUGGAAGCCUGCUGCCCUGCUGCACUUCGGACAGAGUUUUGCAUUCACGGAAAGCAAUUUCAUAUUGCUUUUGGGAAUUGUGCACUUACAGUUUCUGACAAUCAAAGAUUGCUGAAUCAAACUGCUUUUUGUUUUGUUCAGGGGUGCAGAGCUGUGGCGUUAGAACAGGGGGAGGGCAAGUUGGGGCGAUCACCCUUCCCUUUUUUGACAUUUAAGAUAUUCUACUAAACAAUUAAAGGGGAAGGGCAGGGAAAUCCUCCUCCCCUCUGGUCGCCCCUCCCUCUCUUCCCUCAAAACUUUGUAUGCCCCUGUGCAGAAAGUAUUGACUAGCACCUUGGACAGUUGCAUGACAUUUAUUGUUGUCAUUUGUUGCUUCAGAAAAACAGUUUGAGGCAGUUGUUUUCUGUAGUAAUGUGCUUCUUUGUGACAGUGUACUAAUGAAACUGCUUGCAUCUUCAUUGUGUGUGCAAGAGUUUCUGCAACAUCCACUUGUGGUGUUUGACGUUUAAAAAUAAGUCAAAAGCUAAAAAAAGUACCAAAAGUUGUCUGGUGCAAAGUGUGUGCCUCAGACUGGUUUGAAUUUUUUUUACUCAUUUGUCACACAUGCAGUUAUAUCAUGUGCUAAAUAUUAUCACUGUUGUGUACUUGGUGGGUGCUGUUACAUGACGUUACAUCUCUUCAAUGUCUCGUGAUUAUGAUGUCGGGCCAGUUACAUGCUCAAGCCAUAAGGCACUUUAUUCAUUUUUUAAUUAGGGAGAAUACUACUUUCAAACAUUACAUUUUCAUUGUUUCUUAUUGGACAACCCUGUUGGGCAACAGUCUAAACCAUGUAGCCAUUUUAAAUGUUGAAUAAAGUUCUGUGCAAAGUUUA